AUGGCCUCGGGGCCAGCUGUUCAUCCAGCCGAGCCCCUCAGAUGGGAUGGAGUUCGUAAGCGGCGGAAAAAGUACUCUUUGUCACCAGUGCUAAUGUCAGGAAGAUGGAAUGCUUACGGUUCCAACAUCAAUGAAUCUGUCGUCAAGAAAACAGUGCAACUCUUCGAGACUCUCGGCCUGAAGGAUGCUGGGUAUGAAUAUAUCAACCUCGACGACGGGUGGUCCGAAUUAGAAAGAACCUCAGACGGGGUUUUGCAGGCAAAUGCAGCUCGUUUUCCUGAUGGGAUGGCAAAUCUUGCAGAUUAUGUUCACUCAAAAGGACUUAAGAUCGGCCUUUAUGGUGAUAGCGGGAUGAUGACGUGCGCUUUCCAUCCCGGAAGUUUGGGAUAUGAGGAGAGAGACGCUCUCACAUUGGCCGAAUGGGAGAUCGACUAUUUGAAGUACGACAACUGUGGAGGAUUUGCGGGUAUGGUAGAAGCGCCGGAGGUACGUUUUGGUGGUAUGUAUUCCAUGCUCCCACCCAUGAACGACGCAUUGAAGCUCUCUGGGAGAGAUAUCAUGUACGCUCUUUGUGAAUGGGGAUAUCAAUUCCCGUGGCAUUGGGGUGGAAGUAUCGGGCACUCAUACCGGAUAUCUGGAGAUAUCACGCCAACCUUCAUCAAUGAGACAGGCUGUCCCUGCAAGACUGCAUAUUGCCUGAACACAGGCUAUGCAGGAUGCUCUGUUGUGACAAUCAUCAAGAAAAUGAGGGAGAUCAGCCAAUACCAGACUUUCGGGCACUGGGCAGAUAUGGAUGGCCUGGAGAUCGGCAACGCAAACAUGACAUUCUACCAGCAGCAAACGCAUUUUGCUUUCUGGGCUGCUUUGAAGUCUCCCCUGAUCAUUAGCACCGAUCUUGCUACUCUCUCGAAUGAAAGCACGGCGGUCCUGACAAAUAAAAACAUCAUUGCUUUGAACCAGGAUUCCCUUGGCCAAGCUGUUAACUAUAUCGAAACUGCAAGUACAGAAGGUUCGAUCCAGGUGUGGGCAGGGAAGAUUCAGGAUGGAUUCGUGGUUCUGCUCUUCAACGAGAAAAAUUUUCAGCAGACAUACAGUGUCUCAUUUCAUAGUCUAGGGUUGAACAUCACUGGGCUCAAGGGUGUAAAGGAGCUUUGGUCUGGAGAGAGUUACGGCAAAAGUAACACCUUAGCGGCAAAAUUAGCACCAUAUCAGACGUUGGUAUUUAAGUUGCUAAUUACAUAG